CAUGGUCAAUAACUUGAACGAAGCGGUGGUUCUGGAUUGUGACAAACCAGUAUGUCGGCGGCGAGUGGCUGGGAUCAUUUAGGAUUGUGGUUUAUGUACAUGUGGCGCCAAUGUCGUGGUGUGUUUGGAUGUUUUCGAUCUCCCGAAAAAAAAAGUCGAUAUCGGGUUCGCUCGUUGUGGACAGGCGAAAAUUCCAGACCCAUGGAAUAUAAGCUCCGGAGUACGCGGAUAUUAGAAUCUGAUGACACACGGCCGACCUUUUCAGAACUUCGUGAACCCAGUUACCCUGUGAGGUGAAAAUUGCCUCGAAGACAACUGGGCUCGGGAACAGGAUGUAUUCUUUACACCGGAGUAUCCAAAUUGUCGUGCAGGGGGUGUCAAACUUUCCUUUGGGCCAUCAACACCAAGUGUCGUGUUAAACUAGUCCCUGAAAUUACAGACCAAGGUUUGUUGGAGUUAAAGCACAUCAG